GAACGAUGGCAGAAGUAAAGGCAUGCCAUACCAGACACUGCUUAGAUAAUUGUUAGUGUCUCCCUCUUUGCCACGGCAACUCUCUCUCUCUCUCUCUGUGUGUGUCUCUCCCUCUCUCUGCCUUUUCCAAUUUUUCUCUUCACCGUAGCCAUCAUAUACGACGUGAUUUCGGUUGAAGUUUCAGGUUAAGCUCAUGGCUUCCAUUCAUGCCAAUCUUGUGGCUAACUUAUCUUUCAAUCACUUCCAGACAUCAUCGUACCUGGUUGGUGCUGGUACUUUGCAACAUAGAGUUGGUUUGAGCAAUUCUAGAAGGAGAGUUUCUUCACAUAGUUGUAUAAUAAAGUGUGAAAAGAAAGAUGAUGAAUACAUUGAGCAUGUAUCAGUUGAGCGUCCACCCUACUAUAGUUACAUGGACUCCACCUCUGGCCAGCUUGAGCCGGCUUCCGGCGCUAGAGCAAGUAUUCCUGAUCAAGAGUAUUGGCCUGAAGGAACUGCUAGUCGUGUUAGGGCUGCGAGGGCACCGGCUCCUACUGGUGAAUCAUCAACCUCUCCAUCUUAUGGAGCCAAGCCUGGGAGUAGGAGGAAGAGUUACAAAGCAGCUGUUCCUGCUUCUGCUUCGUCCUCUGAGCCGAUUGUUGAGUCAACUGGCGCUAGUUCCUCUGAGGCUUUGGUAGAAUCCAUGGAUGAGUCCCAGGAUUACUCGUCUGAGUAUGUUGUUUAUCAGUCUGAACCGGAGGAAGAUGAGUUGAGUGAAUAUGAACUUGAUAAGAAACUUGGACGGCCUCAUGCAUUUAUUGACCCAAAAGUUAGAAAACCGAUAGAGGGAACGCUUCCAAAUGACGAACUAUGGUGGAAUUGGAAAGAGCAGGAGAAAGAACAAUGGUCCAGGUGGCAAAGGAGGAAACCUGAUGUUGAAACGGUUUUCCUGAAAGCUAUGGCAGAAACUGGGCAAAUAAAGCUUCAUGGUGAACAUCCAACAUUGGCAGAAACUGCUCUUUACCGAGCAAGGCGCCAUCUGUAUAAAGAAGAAAGGCUUCAGGCUGAGCAAGAGAGACUGGAAAAGAUUGGUCCCAUUGCAUACUAUUCAGAAUGGGUGAAAGCAUGGAAGGGGGACAUGUCACACGAAGCUAUUCAGAAGCAUUUUGAAGAGACCGGUGAAGAUGAAAAUACUCAAAUGAUUGAAAUGUUUUGCCACCAAACUGAUCGAGAGUAUCGCAUAAUGAUGGGGACUGAUACACGUAUCCAAAGGGAUCCUUUAGCAAUGCGAAUGAGGGAGGAUCAAAUAAAGCAAAUAUGGGGUGGAGAUCCAGUUUACCCAACUGUGAACUAUAUUCAAGAUCCAAAUGAAGUUAUUGACUACAGGGGGCCAGAUUUUCAUGAACCAACGCCAAAUAUGGUGGCUUAUCUGAAAGAGCAUGGAAAAAUGGUUUCAAGGGAGGAAUUUGACAAGGUUAUGGCUAAGGAAAAGACUGAACAAGUUGAGAUGACAGACGUGGAUGAAGCUAUGGCCAAAGCUGUUGACAUCGGAGAAAACGAUGAUGAAGAGGAUAGUGAUCUUGAAGAUGGAGAGGAAGAGGGAGAGGAAGAGAAGAUUUCUGAUUAUUGGAGUGUGUUGAAAAGUACCCCCGAGCUUCGCAAGUCAAAGCCAAAACCAAAGAAAGAUGGUCCUAUGUCGCUGGACGAGGCUGUAGAUGAUUCGGAGAACUUGACUGAUUUCCUCAUGGACUUUGAAGAAGAAGAAUGACAUGCCUCUUCGUGAAACAUGGAUUACUGCAGCAGUGGUAGACAUGCAUGUUAUGUUGUAGACAGAAUAAAAGGUUUGCAUGUUAGUCUUCCUUAUCAAUUUCUUGCGCUAUCAAUAACUUUAAGGAUGGGGAGGCGAAGGUGAUGAUUAUUGGAAUGAGAUUUUGAAUGCUUAAUUCAAGAAUUCUAGAAACAUUGAGCUAGAGUUAAGUUCCGAGUUGAGCUAUUAUCUUGAAUACUCAACUAAGUACUCGUUUCCAAGUUCCAACACCUGUGUACGUAAACAAUUUUGAUAUCGUAGUAUUCGUAUGGAACUUAGCAGAUAAUUUUAACUAGGAGAUCGACCAUUCUAACAUAUUAAAUAUGUUGGUGCAAACUAGAACUCAAUACGUAUCACAUAUCAUCUUUCUCAUGUAGUUCAAGUAAUGCUGUCCUCAUUUAUUGUGAUUCACUAUCCCCUUCAGAUUUUGGUCCAAGGCAUGUUUAAGACUUCAGAUACUUGCUAAUGAAUAGUUGUAUUAUGAUUCAGAAUUUCAAUAUGCAUGUAUUCAUUUUAUUAUGCUUAACUACUUUAAACUGAAUAAUGUUUAUGCUUUGGAUAAUGUUAACUGAGUGUUGUUUGAAUUU